AUGAUUAUUUCUUCAUCAAAUGGCUCGUCCAGUAGUUCUGAAGAAAAUCCCUUCUCAAGAUAUUCGAAUAUUGUAAGAAUUGGACAAGGAGCAUUUGGAAGUGUUUUCAAAGUUUCAGAUAUUAAACAUGGAAACAAACUGAAAGCAAUCAAACUUAUCAGAUUUGAAUCAUUCACUGAUUUGAAUACCAUCAUGAAAGAGGCAUCCCAAUUGAGCCAUAUCAAUCAUCCAAAUAUCAUCAAGGUGAAUGAUUAUUUCAUCACCAACGACAAUUUAUUGAUUAUUGACAUGGAUUAUUAUGAAUGUGGAGAUUUGACAAAUUUAUUGAAACACGACGAAGUAGUGAGUGAGAAAUUAUUGAAGCAAAUAUUGAAACAAAUGUUGAGUGCAUUGAAACUUGUUCAUGAGGAGAUGCAUAUUAUUCAUAGAGAUAUUAAGCCAACAAAUAUAUUUAUAAAAAAGUUGGAAAGUGAAAAAAUUGAAAUUGUUUUGGCAGAUUUUGGAUUGGCUAAAAAGUUUCAAGAAUCAAAAGGUCAAUCCUAUGCUGGAACUCCUUUAUAUAUGAGUCCAGAAAUUGCCCUUGGCAGUUCCUAUUCCUUUAAUACUGAUAUUUUCUCUUUGGGUGUUUCAAUUUAUCAAAUCAUGACAAAAGACAAGGAAACAUCAAUCAGCAACUUGUUGAUGGGAAUUCAAUCACAAAACGCAAUCAACAUUCUAACAAAACAAAUGAAACAAUCCAAUGAUAAUGAAUAUUCGAAUGAUUUAAUUGAAAUUGUAUUGCAAAUGUUAGAAAAAGAUUCAAAACAAAGACCAAAUGCAUCUCAACUUCUUUCCCUCAAUUAUUUCAAAUAAAAUUUCAAUUAUUUUCCUUUUUUGACAGCUCUUUUCAACUCUAUUGUAAAGAACAUUUAUCUUCUUUUUGUGUGGUAUUUUCCUUUCCAAUAUUUUCAUAUUUAAAUUCAAUUUUCUCUCCAUAAUAGAAUCGAAUAGUUACCAUCCGAAUGUCCUUCUUAUUUUUCCUUGUAUGAUAUCCAUAAACAUACUCAUAAUCGUCGGUGGAAACUAAUUGCUUGUACUGGACACUGAUAAAUUCACUUUCCACUUUGACAGAAGCUUUUCCAUUAUUAACAGAAAGGGAUGCAGUAUUCUUUACAAGUGUAGUGUAUAAUUUCUUCAAUAAAACAACUUGAACUCCAAGAGGAAUGUGGAAGAAACAUAGACGUUUCGUCAUGUAGACCAAAUUGUCUGUGGUCAACAAAUUGUAAUAUUCAAAUCGAUUUUUGAAAAGACUUUUCAAUGUUUUCAUCAACUCUUCAUCUUUCAAUUUGAUUAAUUUUGUAAUUUUUUCAAAUAAUUUUUGAGAACCUUUCAAUUCUUCCAUAUUUUGUUUCUUAUUCGAAAGUGAGUGAUCCAAAUCUAGACAUCUCUUAGAAUGACUCACAAUAUACAUUAAGCAUUGUACAAGAGAUUCCUCCUGGUACUUGUAAACUUUCUCAUCCACUUCAACAGUUCCAAAUUCAAUGACUGGCAUUCGAAUUUUCUUCAAUUUUACAAAAGGUGGAUUCGUAUUUGGUGGAUUCGAAUUUGGAUUUUUAACAAAUCCUAAUCCUCUAUCUGUAAGCUUUUCCUUUUCUUCCUCCUUAACGAAAUGCUUACUGGAAUAAUAGUGAUCAUCCAAAACAGUUGCACAAAUAUCAACACCCUCAGGCAUGAGUGCAUAACCUGUCGAAUAUUCUGGCGAAAGGAAAAUAAACCCUUCCAAUCUAUUCAGCUCAUCUCUUCCCAAACUUCCAUGUCUAUGACACAGAAUCGGAUAGAAAAUUGCCCUAAAUCUAUCUUGUUUGAAAAUAAACUGCCUUUCGUAUUUCUCAUAAACUGUAAAAACAUUAUUAAUGGAAGCAAUUUCGUCUGUGAAAUUAUCCGAAGCAAUAAAUUCGUCCAUUGUUGGAUAUUUCUUUGGUGGUUGUGAUGAAUUUAAAUAGAUUCGAAUAAAAUUUUCUAACUGCUCUUCGUUUGUGGCCACAACUCCGAUUUCG